AUGUCUUGCUGUUCAGGAGAUGAGGAUGAUGAACAACGGCCUGAGCCGACACGUGUGCGAGGAUGCACAGAUAUUUUCUGGCUUUGUUGCUUUAUAGUAUUUUGGUUUCUUAUGAUCUUAAUAGCAGCUUUUGCUCUUGUUUAUGGUAACCCUUUACGACUUAUUAAUGGAUAUGAUAGCUUUGGAAACACUUGUGGUAUGAAAAAUAACCCAAAAUUUGGUAGUAUGGAAUUAUCUGGACAAGAUACUAGCGAUAAACCAUUCCUAUUCUUUUUGGAUAUAUCUAAUGUUACACAAUCCUUAAAAAUUUGUGUAAAGAAGUGUCCAGAUCGAAAUAUGACAACAAUGAAUGAUAUAUGUAAAUUUUAUGAAGAAACAGGAUCUCAACUUUGUCAUGACAAGCCAGGAAAUGAUCUAAGUGCUUGUAGUAAUGGAAAUAGAAAAAAUAAAACUGGUUCUUGUCCUGGGUUACCAGUGUAUAAUAGUAUACCAGUUCUUAAUCGUUGUAUUCCUAAAGAUCUGGGAGAAAUUAUAAUUGCAAAUUUAUAUGGCCUUAUUAAUUCUUGGGAUAUUAUUGAACAAAUUUUAGGAGAUUUGUAUAAAACAUGGAGAGAGAUUUUGUCUUUAUCCUUCUUAGCUUUUGUUUUAUCUCUCUUUAUGAUUGCCAUAUUUCAUUUAUUAGCAAGUAUUGUAACAUGGAUUGUGAUGAUUCUUGUCAGUGUAACUACUAUAGCUGGAAGUGUAUUAUUAUGGUGGACAUAUAUAGAAAUUAAAAGAACUUUGGAUAAAACUAAUCCAAAUCAGCUUUUAGAAGAAUCUGUUAGAAAUGAAAGAGCGUUUCUAGCCUUUUCUGUUAUUGCAACAAUAAUAACUGUCAUUUUAUUAUUACUUUUAAGCAUAUUAAGUAAACGUAUUGGAUUUAUGACAGCAUUAUUCAAAGAAAGUGCUAAAUGUUUGGCAGAAUUACCAGGUUUAUUUUUUCAACCCUUAUUAACAUUUACUGCUCUGAUAUUAUUUUUUGCAUUUUGGGUAACUGUAAUUCUUUGCCUUGCAACAGCCAAUUAUCCUGGAACAAAAUCUGUACAGAUGUAUAAAAAUCAUAUAUUUGAUCCUCUAAAUUUUAGUCUAAUUAGAGAAAAAAGUGCAUAUGUUGAAGAAAGGAAAUUUGACUUUUCUCUUGACUCAUUUAAAACUUUCACACUUGUGGAAUAUGUAGACCCAACUUGGGUAAAAUAUAUGUGGUGGGUGUAUAUCAUAGGAUUAAUAUGGACGUCUGAAUUCAUUAUUUCUUGCCAAGAUAUGGUGAUAUCAGGAGCUGUAGCUCACUGGUAUUUCAGAGGCAAAGACGCUAGUACAUCCCCAGUAUGCUCUGCUAUGGGAAAUUUAGUUAGUUAUCACUUAGGUUCUGUAGCUUGUGGUUCAUUUUUAAUAACACUUUUUAAGUUACCUCGCUUGAUCUUGACAUAUCUUUAUGCUAAAUUCGAGAAAAGCAAAGAAACAUCUCCAUGUGCACAGUGUGGUUUAAAAUGCUGCAUAUGCUGUUUUUAUUGCUUAGAAAAAUUUAUUCGAUAUAUGAAUCAUAACGCAUAUACUGUAGUUGCCAUUGAAGGAACACACUUUUGCAAUGCAGCUAAAAUCGCAUUUACAGCUCUUGUUAGCAAUGCUUUACAACUUGCGGUAAUUAAUGGAAUAGGAGAUUUUAUUCUAUUUUUGGGUAAAUGUUUUGUCACUGCUGCAACGGGGAGUGUUGGAUUGCUAUUUAUGAAACAAGAUCCCAGAUUACAUUUUUAUGCAGUACCAAUUUUCGUUAUCUGUGUUUUUGCAUUUUUUAUUGCUCAUUGUAUUAUUUCUCUUUAUGAGACUGUAAUAGAUACACUGUUUCUUUGUAUCUGUGAGGACAAGAAUUUAAAUGGAGAGAAUGGAAAGUGGCGUCAGUCAGCAUUAGCUCAAAUUGGAUCUAAUACUAGUUCAAAUGGACAACAAUCACAUGAAUUAGUACCAAUGAACACAUAAGUAUUAUGCUAAAGCACAAACUUCCUUCCCAAUAUUCCUUCACUUUUAUAGAUGCUUUUAUGCAACAUUAUAUCGUCUAUAAAAUUAAGAUCAUCAUAUACAUACAUAUAUAUUAUUAUACAUACAUUAUAUAAUAUUAUACAUACAUUAUAUAAUAUUAUAUAAUAAUAGUGUAAUAGCAAUUAUAUAAUAUAUAUAUGUAUGUACAUAUGAUUACGAAUAUGUACCUUACAUUGAAGUUAUAAGCUAUAUUUAGAUAACAGCUUAAACUUAUCAAUUAAUAAAUCUUUUUAUACAUCUAAAACUACUGCCAUAUAUGUACAAAAUAUCUUUGAUUUGUAACUCAGGAUUUCUAAUCAGUUUUUAAUCAGUUUAGCAUAUCCUUAAAAAAUGCAUAAAAAUAAUAUUAUUAAUUAGUAUUUCUAAAGGCUAUUACACAAAAAUCGUGAGAAAUAUGUAUU